GAAAAACAGAAGGUGAAACUUUGGUGAGCUAGUGGCGCUAAGCUCUAGGCGAGCUCUGUCAACGCCAAACUUUGGUCAGUUCACCAUUACAUCUCAGUGCUUCUCAAGUUCUCAUAGCUAGUUUCUUUAUUCAGUCAACGCCAAAAAAACAUAAAAAAGAGGGAGCGAGGGGAUCAAAUAGAGUGAAGACCCAAAAAACAAAAAAACAAAAAACAGCAACGCCAGUCGAUCACAACACUGCAGCGCCAGUCGAUGACGAUUGACGACAGCACCAGUCGAUCGCGGCAGGGAUCAGCACGUGCUCAUUGUAUCUUCUACUCUUCCUGUUGAUCAGAUCGCCAAGAGCAUCACUCGGGCUUCUUUUUUGUUCGCUCCCACUUGCUAGACUUUGAGGUAUUCAUCUCCAUGUGUGUCUUCACGUUCUCUGGCUUCAGCUUCUGCAAUUCCUUGUCCAACACUUUGGAACAACUCAAGGACUCCACCACUCACAAACCCAGUAACCAAAGAGGGUGCUGGAUAUUGUGAUUCAAUCAAGUGUUGACAAUGCUUCCUCCAUUAACAUUACACAAGCACCCCAUGUGUGCCCAAGAAUGGUGAUUAUGCUGUUAAGAAUACGAUGGUGGUCAUAUGAAUUAUAGCAGAACCUAGUAAUACAGAGUUCUAGGAUGGAGAAAAGCGGUGGUAAUAGAGCAAACCAGAUGUUUUGGAGCAUUGUUAGUUUCUUAAGGAGAUGUCUUUUUCUUGUGAUUUCUGCUUGUCCUAUACCUCAUCACAUUGUCUUCAUCAUGGACGGAAAUAGAAGGUACGCUAAAAAACAGAAGUUGAUGGAUGGGACUGGACAUAGGGUUGGUUUUGUAGCUCUCAUGUCCAUGCUCAAGUACUGUUAUGAGUUGGGUGUGAGAUAUGUAACAAUAUAUGCUUUUAGUAUCGAUAACUUCAAAAGGCAACCUGAAGAAGUUCAAUCCUUGAUGGACCUGAUGCAUGAGAAAAUUGAAGGGUUAAUUAAAGAAGAGAGCAUAGUUAAUCGAUAUGGAGUUAAGGUGCACUUUAUUGGGAACCUAAAGCUCUUGAGUGAACCUGUCAGGCUGGCUGCAGUGAGGGCUAUGGUGGCAACUGCAAAUAACUCCAGAGGAGUGCUAUCAAUAUGUGUUGCCUACACUUCUACUGAUGAGAUUGUGCAUGCUGUUCAAGAGUCAUGUGAAGAAAAAUGGAAUGAAAUUAGUAUAUUGAAUGCUAGUGGAGCUGGGUAUGAUCUAGAUAAAUUUGGAGAGAAUGAGAAUGAGGAAAGGGAAAGCGUUGUAAAGUUGACAGAUAUUGAAAGGCAUAUGUAUAUGGCAGUUGCUCAUGACCCUGAUAUUUUAAUUCGUACUUCUGGAGAGACCCGCUUGAGUAACUUUCUUCUGUGGCAGAGUGCAUACUGUUGUUUGUACUCUCCCUCUGUGCUAUGGCCUGAGAUUGGGUUUCGGCAUUUUGUUUGGGCAAUCUUGAACUUUCAGUGUAACCGCUUAUAUCUGGAAAGAAAAAAGAAACAGUCAUAACUGUUGAAUGAUCUCUGCUAUUUCCGGACUACCAUUCAGUGGAACAAAUACAGACUAAAUGCAAGCUGGUACAGUUUUUUAGUGCUCUCGCCUGUAGUUCUUACCGGAGAUUGUAAAAUGACAUCUGCUGUAUCGUAGAAUAUUUUGCUGAACACAGUAGAAUAGAUUUUUGGUCUGUGCUAUAUUGUUUUGCACUAAUGGGAAGGGAACCAGAGAAAUUCUUUGGUGCCACCUGUGAAAACUUGGUGAAUAAAAGACCUCCUGAGGCACAGCAAACUCUGCCCAAAGAGAUUGAAGACAC